AAGAAGGGGAGCAUUUGCCGGCCACUUUUCAGUCUUGGUCGUCCUCGUCUUCGUCGUCUUCCUGUAGUCGUAAGUGCGGGGAGGAUUGGCCGGCCGGCGGCGAGGCUCCUCCUCCUUCUCUUUCUCUCUGCGUACAUACAUAUAGAUACGUAUAUGCUUGUUCUCCGCCGCCUCCGCCUCCCGCUGCCGCGCCCUCUUCUCGUCUCCUCGUCCUCCUCCUCCUCCUCCUCAUCCUGUUGGUCGUCGACAACCAAAGGGAGACCCGCCAUGGCGUCAUCCUCUUCUUCCGCUUCCGCCGCGGUUGUUGCCGAGGGCUCGGCGGCCCGCCGCUUCUGGAUCGCCGCCUCCACGCGGGAGGCCGCCUUCGCCGCAUACACGCCCUUCCUCCUCUCCCUCGCCGCCGGCAACCUGCACCUCGACGCCUUCCGCCACUACAUCGCGCAGGACGCGCACUUCCUCCACGCCUUCGCGCACGCCUACGAGAUGGCCGAGGACUGCGCCGACGAUGACGACGACAGGGCCACCAUCGCCGCCCUCAGGAAGGCCAUCCUCCAAGAGCUCAACCUCCACGCCUCCGUCCUCAAGGAGUGGGGAGUUGAUCCUACCAAGGAGAUCCCUCCAAGUGCAGCAACAACCAAGUACACUGAUUUCCUACUUGCAACUGCAGCUGGAAAAGUUGAUGGUGCAAAAGGUUCUGACAAAAUGGUCACACCAUUCGAGAAGACUAAAAUUGCUGCAUACACUGUUGGGGCCAUGACUCCAUGCAUGAGGCUGUAUGCAUAUCUAGGCAAAGAACUCACGGUUUUCCUUAAACAAGAUGAAAAUCACCCAUACAAGAAAUGGAUUAAUACCUAUGCAUCCAGUGAUUUUGAGGAUAAUGCACUCCAAAUAGAAGAGUUGCUGGACAAACUGAGUGUCUCAUUAACUGGUGAGGAGCUUGAGAUAAUUGGCAAGCUCUACCAGCAAGCUAUGAAACUGGAAGUGGAGUUUUUUUCGGCUCAGCUUGUAGACCAACCUGUUAUAGCUCCACUUUCAAGAUAUUGUGGUCCAAAAUAUAAACUCUUGGUCUUUUCUGAUUUUGAUUUGACAUGCACUGUUGUCGAUUCAUCUGCCAUUUUGGCGGAGAUUGCAAUUUUGUCAUUCCAAAAAUCAAGUCAAAGUGGGAUUGAUAAUACCCUCGACCGUACGAAAUCAGCAGACCUGCGAAAUUCGUGGAACAUGCUUUCUAAGCAAUACAUGGAAGAGUACGAGGAAUGCAUGGAAAGACUACUUCCUCCAGAAGAAUCACAGUCAUUAGAUUAUGAUCAACUGUACAAAGGCCUGGAGGUGCUAGCAGAGUUUGAGAAACUUGCAAAUUCUAGGGUUGUCGACUCCGGUGUCCUUAGGGGAAUGAAUUUAGAAGAUAUCAGGAAAGCUGGAGAACGGCUUAUUCUUCAAGAUGGCUGUAAAAAUUUCUUCCAGAAGAUUGGAAGAACAAGGGAGAGCCUCAAUUUGGACAUCCAUAUUCUUUCCUAUUGCUGGUGUGCAGAACUAAUAAGGUCUGCCUUUUCAUCAGUUGGUUGUCUAGAUGGUCUGAACAUACAUUCCAACGAGUUUGCCUUUGAGGGAUCUGUUUCAACUGGUCAGAUUGACAGGAAAAUUCAGUCUCCACUAGACAAAGUUGAAAAGUUCAAGAGCAUCAAAAGUGGCACGGACAGUACAGCUCCAUUACUGUCUGUGUAUAUUGGAGACUCAGUUGGAGAUUUGCUCUGCUUACUGGAGGCAGAUAUUGGUAUCGUCGUUGGAUCAAGCACAAGCUUGCGGAGAGUGGGCAAACAGUUUGGUGUGUCUUUUGUCCCGUUGUUCCCUGGUCUAGUAGAGAAGCAGAGGCAGCUGACGGAGCAAGAGGCAUCCAUGUUCAAGGCACGUUCUGGGGUCCUUUAUACGGUUUGCAGCUGGUCUGAGAUACACGCUUUCAUUCUGGGAAGUGAUUUCAGCUGAUGGAUGUGCUGUUUCUUUUCUCUGUUUUUGUUUUCCCCUUGAGAAGCAAGAACUUUUGCCGGUUCAUGCACAUGAUACGUGAAUCCACAAUGUGGUGAUUUUAUGAAAGCCACAUUUCAAUCCUGGCCCGCGCCUGCAGUAUGUAUGAAUGAAUACCAAUACCAGCUUGUGUUGUGUGCAAUGGCUUCAGUUUGUACUACCUGUGAUCAAUGUUUCAUUGAUUCGUCGAUAUUCGAUUUGGGAUUCUAUUUCUGGAGUGGUUGCUGGUGUUAUACUGCAGCGACUCCGGUAUACAUAAUAAUAGAGAUGGAGUGGUUCUUUCUGGUAUAUACUUACACCCAGGUCCAAUUGUAACAGCAAGUGCUGCAUGUAGAGAUGUUUGUUUUCAGUUGGCAAUAAAUGAAUGAUGAGAUUUGCUUGCUGCUA